CGGCUGGCCGGCGGGGCAGGCCCCGGACCCGUGCGGUUCCUGGGCAUGGUGAGCAAGGGGCUGCUGCGCCUUGUCUCUUCAGUCAACCGCAGGAAGAUGAAGCUUCUGCUGGGCAUCGCGCUGUUCGCCUACGCCGCCUGAAAAUUACUCAGCAGCCGAUUGUUGCCAUUCUCCGUGGAUGUCCUGUGUGGCGGUGCUCCGAUGUCUAGGCGCACACUGCCCCCGCUCCCCGCACCGCCAGAACUUGCUCAUGAUGGAGUGCCAAGUGCCUCAGAGAAACAGGCCACCAGAAGAACAGUGCAUUCUCAGUACAAGGGCAGCGUUCAGCAUUUGGAUAUUGGAGUUGAAGCUGUUUGGGGCAACUUUGUUAACAUGAGGUCUAUCCAGGAAAAUGGUGAACUAAAGAUUGAAAGCAAGAUUGAAGAGAUUAUUGAACCAUUAAGAGAGAAAAUCAGAGAUUUGGAAAAAAGUUUCACCCAGAAAUACCCACCAGUAAAGUUUUUGUCAGAAAAGGACCGGAAGAGGAUUUUGAUCACUGGAGGUGCGGGCUUUGUGGGCUCCCAUCUAACUGACAAACUCAUGAUGGAUGGCCAUGAGGUGACCGUGGUGGACAACUUCUUCACAGGCAGGAAGAGAAAUGUGGAACACUGGAUUGGCCAUGAGAACUUCGAGCUGAUUAACCAUGAUGUGGUAGAGCCACUCUACAUCGAAGUUGACCAGAUCUACCAUCUGGCUUCUCCAGCCUCCCCUCCAAACUACAUGUACAACCCCAUCAAGACCCUGAAGACAAAUACAAUUGGAACACUAAACAUGUUGGGACUGGCAAAGCGUGUGGGUGCCCGUCUGCUCCUAGCCUCCACAUCUGAGGUAUAUGGAGAUCCUGAGGUCCACCCUCAAAGUGAGGACUACUGGGGCCACGUGAAUCCCAUAGGACCCCGAGCCUGCUAUGACGAGGGCAAACGUGUUGCGGAAACCAUGUGCUAUGCCUACAUGAAGCAGGAAGGUGUGGAGGUGCGGGUGGCCAGGAUCUUCAACACCUUUGGGCCACGAAUGCACAUGAAUGAUGGGAGGGUGGUCAGCAACUUCAUCUUACAAGCGCUACAAGGGGAGCCGCUCACAGUGAGUACUGCCCAGCAGACAGUGAGUACUGCCCAGCACACAGUGAGUACUGCCCAGCAGACAGUGAGUACUGCCCAGCACACAGUGAGUACUGCCCAGCACACAGCGAGUACUGCCCAGCAGACAGUGAGUACUGCCCAGCACACAGUGAGUACUGCCCAGCACACAGUGAGUACUGCCCAGCACACAGUGAGUACUGCCCAGCAGACAGUGAGUACUGCCCAGCACACAGUGAGUACUGCCCAGCACACAGUGAGUACUGCCCAGCACACAGCGAGUACUGCCCAGCAGACAGUGAGUACUGCCCAGCACACAGUGAGUACUGCCCAGCACACAGACAGUGAGUACUGCCCAGCAGACAGUGAGUACUGCCCAGCACACAGUGAGUACUGCCCAGCACACAGUGAGUACUGCCCAGCACACAGUGAGUACUGCCCAGCAGACGACGGGCCAUUUGCUCCAGGGCUUAACGUUCCCUGAGCUAGCAUACCACUUCACAUGUAUCUCUGCUACCCUCAUGAAAGGAAGAGAAAUACGUGGGUAGCACACAGUGCAGGAAUAGCCUUACAAUGAGCCUUGAGUCUUGUUUCAUUCAGCCUAUACUCAGGGACUCCACCUGUCCCAGCUAGCCUGCUUGAACCUUCCCCAUAGAUUCCUAAUGGCCCAAACUUGCUUUCCUCUUCUAAGUGGCACCUUGCUGCGCCUUGAUGGAGGCUCUAUGGUAAUACCUGACCUCUCUUUCCAUAUCAUUUAUGGAUUCCACCAGUUCUUCCUGGUGGCCUGGCUUUGGAUCCACCCUGCCACCGUAGUGCCCUGUCUUUGAAAUAGUCCCAUUCUUGUUCUUUAGUUGUGUUCUUUCAGCCUGUCCUAUAGCCAACCUUCCUGAAGAGGAGAAACCCAAAGAUCUCAGGGACAGCAUAUGCCACGGACCUUUCCCAAACUUCCUACCUUCCCCACCCCUCAGACUGACUCCUUCAGCUUCUAUCUUGCCUGCUCUGGGAGUGUUUCCUGGGCAUUCUCCCCAUUCUCUGUAGACAGUAGUAACUGGACCACUCUCUAUAUGAAGACAUUGGAUUCCACUAACUACAUGGUUUUGUUUUCAUUGCACUUGGUACCAGUGCAAUGCUGCAUUUCCAGGUCCCCAGCA